AUGGCUAAGUACAAGUACAUCUGGACAUCGUUCUUCAGGGGCCGUCCUAGCGUGGUAAAGCUGGCAAUCCCACAAAGCUCCUCAAACUCGCUCUUUUGCCAGACUCUGACCUGGCCUGAAGCUCCCGCGGUAGCACAUGGCUGUGAGACUUUGGCCGUGAUAGAUGCUGUGUAUUUCGCUGCCAGUGUUUCAUCCUCGCUGCCGCCAACAAAUCCAACCAAAAGGACCCAGACCACAACAACAGCCGUACUCGCCAACGUCAGGAUCCCUCCCAGAUUAGGACCAGUUGGCGAUUUAACCUGCCCUUCAGACCCAUGCUUAAAUGUCGCCCAGAAUUCUAUGUAUGUCUGCUACAAGGGUUAUGAAAGGAUGGGCAUGGGCCGCAUGGCACGGAGUAGGCGGGGAAGCUGGUCAACCAGUUCCGGGGUUUGGCCGAGUACAUGCCCAGGCGCAAGCGUCUCCAGCAUCCCAGAUGCGCCGGAGUUCCUCAGCCUAGAAGGUCAGGAGAAGUGGCCUAGCAUCGUCCCCGUGUCAUGGCAUGAAAGCCUUGCCAUCAACAACACUCGCAUCCGCCGCUUCCUUACUCUUGUUGGCCUCAAGACUACUGCACGGUUCUUUCGUCGCCAAGGCUCUUGCGUUCCCAUUUCGAGACGCUUAAUUGUCAAGUCGGAUGCCUUUGUCGACUUGACAGAAGGAGCAACAAUGAGAUUUGUCGCCAACACCUCCGUCCCUGUACCCAAGGUCUGGUGCUCCUUUGUACGCAAUGGACGCGUAUACCUUGUCAUGGAGAGGAUACAGGGCGAUUGCAUUGCGAAAGGAUGGGAUGAUCGUAACAAAGAAUCCAAGGAUAAGCUCUUGGCGCAGUUGAAGCUCAUGAUGGAAGGAAUUCGUUCGCUUCAGCCUCGCCCUGACGCGGGGGUCGAGAGCUGCGUUGGCGGGUCGUUAUUCGAUAGCCGCAUGCCUCGUCCAGAUCGCCGCUUCGGCCCUUUCCAAACCAUUCAAGAAUUCCACUUGUGGCUAAGGGGCAACUUGCGGCCCUCAGAAAUCGAGAAGCCUAAGCAGGCGGCUGAACAAGAUUGGAAGGCCGUGAAGGACAUGGCCGCUCGACAGGACGGGCCUUGGCCUCGGCCAGUCUUCACGCACGGUGAUUUGAACCCAUGCAAUAUAAUUGUCCGAGGGGAUAAAGUUGUUGGCAUCAUCGAUUGGGAAUUCUCUGGUUGGUAUCCACACUAUUGGGAAUAUACAUCUGCCUGGUGCACCCAGAUCCUGAGAACAGAGUGGCAGGAUCUACUCGGCAGCUUCCUCGAGCCAUUCCCAGAGGAAUUGGAGAUGGAAAGGACCAGGCAGAGGUGGUGGGGAGAGAUCUGA